AUGGCCCCCGGCUGGGUCGUCCGCCCAAGCAACACACGGGGUGGAGCCGGGACCGGUCCAGGUGUCAACGGACCGCCCUCGGCAGCUGCCCUGCUGGACGACCUGGAGCUGACUGCGCAGCGGAACCUCGCCCUAGCACGACUCAACUCCUCGCCUCUGCCACCAAUCCAGACGACGGCGACGAACCAGCACCAGAUGGGAGCAGGAGGACCGGCGGGACCGGGACCGAACCCUGCCGAGCAGUCCCUGUACAGCCACCUGUACGGUAAAGAGAUGGGCCUGAUGCGGAAACUGACCACCGGCAUCGAUGACUACCCCACGAAUCAUGCCGCCGUCGCACGAAACUAUCAGCAACUGUUGCAACAACAGCAACAGCAACAACAACAACAGCAUCCGGAUCCGAGUACGGCCCACCAACAGCAGAUGCAACAGAACUUUGCCGCCGGUCAUCCUCACGCCGCCGCCGCCGCCAAAUUCAAUCAGUUCAAUUAUCCAAACCCCGGCGGUCUGCUGAAACCGUGCUACGACUAUCAGACCUCCCAACAGCAGCACCACCAGCAUCCGAUGCAGGGUCCAGGCUCGACCGGUGCCGGUGCGCCCAAUCAACAGAUGAAAAAGGAAAUAUUUAAUCUAAGUGGUACCAAUGGAGUUGAUUUAUACUCACCACCCGCGUCAGCCACUGCGUCGGUCUCGUCCGCCACCACGCCGUCAUCGAACGGGUCGUCGUUCAUGAAUCUUCAUCAGCCAUCAGCUGCAGCUGCUGCCGCUGCCGCCGCCGCCGCCAUGUAUGCCAAUCACUUCAACACCAACGGACCGAACGGUGCCAAACUGGACGCCAACGGUGACGGUCUCGUCGAUUUCAACGCAAUGCGGAACAAUGCCACCACCAACAACAGCAACAACAACGGCAGCAACAAGGUCGGCGGCAACAAUCUAAUCAAAUCCGCCGAAUCGGUCCUAAUGGCCAGGAGCUCAAUUAUGAAUAAUUUAAACAAUAAUCUUAAUAAAAUCGAACCAAAUACUGAUACCACUACUCUUAACGAUAGUAACAACAAUACACAUAAUCAUCCCCAACAACACCAUCACGGACACGGUGGCGGCGGUGGCGGUUUCAACGGUGGCAACGAGGACGAAAUCGAUAAGCUGUCCUCGCCGAUGACGGGCACCUCGACGCUGACCAACACCGAUCUGAACGAUCCCUCCGAGCAGGACGAGGCGGACGAUGGGUACACCAUACUGUAAAAUAAAAUAAAAAAUGGAUUCCGACCAAGACCGUGAGCGGGGGGGCAUUACACCCUUUAAAUAAGAACGGAACACACACAGUGACACACACAUUUUGUAAAUAGUUAGGGGCCGUGAAAACUUAAAAAAAAACUUCCACACUUCCGGGUUAGAGAACUGGCUUUGGAAACGAGGGCGAUGUUGCGAUUUUGGGAGGAAUUGGUUUAAUUAUUCAUUAGAAAACAAUCCAUAAAAAAAAUAUAAAUAAUGUUUUGUGAUUUAUCAUCAAUUUGAGCGGCAAUUUACUUAAACCCUCAUUUCUUAUUUUAUCAAGGUUUUUUUUUAUGAAUAAAACUCCUCCAGCGAUGGAAUUAUCACAAGUGAGCUAUUCAUGCCGACAAAAGUAAAUAGUUAAUUGUUAAAAAAUAAUCUGCAAAUCUGAUCUGGAAAAAUUACAGAUCACUGGGAGCCGUUCCCAGACGGACCCGGUGGCAUUUUUCGAGACGAGAUUUGCCUGACCACGCCUUCUAUCGGAUGGGGAAGUAAAACGUCGGUCCAUUUGCGUAAAAGAGGUUUUGGGUGACUCACCACACAUAACCUUCGGACGCCUAGAAAUGAGCACAAACUUGCAACAGAGACCACAAAA